AAGUACGGGGGGGGUUGGGUUUUGGUUUUUUUAUGGUAAAGAUUUGCCAUUAGAAAAGGUGCUUCAGCGCAGGCCGGUCACCUAUAGGCUUCCUACAGCCACGCCGAAGGGGCAGAAGGCAAAAGCCACGCUAGCCUUAGAAAUAUAUAUUUAUUUUUCUGGACGUAACCUCCUUGCUGCUGUGUAAGCAGGGGGGCACGGCGGGGACAGCGAGUCCCUUGUCUGGGAGAAACCUCGAAGCAAGCAAAUCCCCAUGAAACCCCUUCGAAGAGGUGGUGGAGUGUCCCAUUCCGUAGCCAAGAUGUGGCUGUCUGUCUCCGUCCUGUGUGUCCUGGUGGCCUUCGCCAAUGCUCGCAGCAUUCCUUACUACCCUCCCCUCUCCAGCGACUUGGUCAACCACAUAAACAAGCUCAACACCACCUGGAAGGCAGGGCACAACUUCCACAACACUGACAUGAGCUAUGUGAAGAAACUCUGCGGCACCUUCCUGGGUGGGCCCAAGCUCCCCGAGAGGGUCGAUUUUGCUGCAGACGUGGAGCUGCCCGAUAACUUCGACUCGCGGACGCAGUGGCCUAACUGUCCCACCAUCAACGAGAUAAGAGACCAAGGCUCUUGCGGCUCUUGCUGGGCUUUUGGUGCCGUAGAAGCGAUUUCGGACAGAACCUGCAUUCACACGAACGCCAAAGUGAGCGUGGAGGUCUCGGCAGAGGACUUGCUGUCGUGCUGUGGCUUCGAGUGCGGCAUGGGGUGCAAUGGUGGUUACCCCUCUGGUGCAUGGAGGUACUGGACAGAGAAGGGCCUCGUGUCUGGCGGUCUCUACAAUUCCCAUGUGGGCUGCCGUCCCUACUCCAUCCCACCCUGUGAGCACCACGUCAACGGCUCCCGGCCACCGUGCACCGGGGAGGGGGGGGAAACCCCCCGGUGCAGCCGGCACUGCGAACCCGGCUACUCACCCUCAUACAAGGAGGACAAGCACUACGGCAUCACAUCCUACAGUGUCCCUCGCAGUGAGAAGGAAAUCAUGGCUGAGAUCUACAAGAAUGGCCCAGUGGAAGGAGCCUUUAUUGUCUAUGAGGACUUCCUAAUGUACAAGUCUGGGGUCUACCAGCACGUCUCUGGUGAGCAGGUUGGAGGCCACGCGAUCCGGAUCCUGGGCUGGGGGGUGGACAACGGCACUCCGUACUGGCUGGCUGCCAACUCCUGGAACACCGACUGGGGGGACAAUGGCUUCUUCAAAAUCCUCCGAGGUCAGGACCACUGCGGCAUCGAGUCGGAGAUUGUGGCCGGCAUCCCCAGCACGGAGCAGUACUGGAAGAGGGUGUAACCUUCUUGAUCAAACCACAAAUAAUCCUGAGUCCCUGAUGCUUUUAACCGAUAGCGGGUUGGGUGCAAAGCCCCCCCCCUCCCCCGAGAGACUAUAGUUGAGGUUUCUUUAUUAAAGCCUUUUAUCUUUUUUUUUUUUUUUUUAAUUGGUUUUUUAAUUGUAUGGUGGGGCUGGGGGGGGAAC